CACUGUACCUUAUCACUGUCAGUCAGCCAGCGUCUGGAUUUUUUAUCAAUUCAUUAUUUUAGCCAGUGACAGUGACAUUGGCAAGGAAUCAGGAAGGGCAAACUGAUUUUGAAUAAAAAUAACAAUAGAUCAAUUAAUUAGAAAGAUAAAUAGAAAACAGCCAAAAUGAGUAUGAUUGGAAACUUAUUGAAGCAGCUGAAAAGCAAGGAGUUUAGGCAAUAUUUAAUGAGCACCCAUUUCUGGGGUCCAGUAGCCAAUUGGGGAAUACCUCUAGCAGCCCUCGCAGAUAUACAAAAAGACCCCAGCUUUAUUAGUGGCAAAAUGACACUCGCUCUGUCACUGUACUCGCUGAUGUUCAUGCGGUUCGCAUGGAAGGUGCAACCUCGCAACAUGCUUCUAUUUGCCUGCCAUGUCACCAACGAGGCUGCCCAACUCACACAGGGAGCUCGAUUCAUCAACUACCACUAUCUACAAGAUAGGAAAAAUGACCCAAAGCCCGCUGCCACUACUCAGGCAGCUCCAAUCACACCAGCCAGUCCAAUCCCCAAGGCCAGUAAACCGGUUGCCUCUUAAUUUUAGAACGAUUUUAAAAUGGGAACUAAUCGCUCAUAGUGAGUGCUUUAGAUAUAGAUAGACAAUUUCAAGGAAAAAGAUCAUGGAUUUAUUUUUAAUUUAGUUGUUUAUGGAUAUUGAAUUUGGAAAAGUGUUUUGCGCAAAUGUCUGUGGCAAUCUCAAGCCGUGUUGUUUGUGCUGCUCAAUAAUCAUAAAAGAUUUAUGGAAAAUUUUGUUCAUAGACAAAGUAUAGAUUUGAUUUUUUUAGAAUCAACUUUAUUAGUCUUUUUAAACAGUAAAACUGUAGUUAUCUCAUUCAAUUAAGGAAUUUUUAACUUCUCCAAAUCACACAAAUUAGAUAGAUUUUAAAUAGUAGUUUGUAGUGUAGAUUAUUAGGGAAAUAUUUUAUGUAUAAUCUUUGAUUUUUUUAUCGAAUUGUAGGGCUUUAAAAGCAUUGCUUUAUUUAUUUAAACAUAGAAGACUUUACAUUGGUAUUGUAACAUUUGUGAUAUUCUGCGCACAAUUUAUAAAUAAUCGAAAUUAGCAUAUUUCCUAGUAGGAUAUUAAGCUGAUAUCAGAUGUUUCAUUUUCCUUUCAUUAGAAAUAAAAUGUCUAAACAUAAAAUUAACCAGGAAUGCUGAAUAAAUUAGUGAAACAAUUCAAAGUGAUGUUGGAUAUUAUAUUAGCAUCUUUCAUUUGGAGUGAACCAUCUGAUAUCAGCUUUAGAUAAACUAAAAUCAAUAUCAAUUAAAAAAAACAACUGUGUCAAAGAAUAGUAGUUCAAGUUUUUUUUGUUAUAUUAUAUUUUGAAGCAACUUCAGAUAAAUAAUUAAUAGUGAUACAUUUUUCGUAAAUUGAUGAGCGUUAAAUAUGGCAGUAUACUCUGUGUUGUUUUUAUAGUUUUAUCUUAUAAUUUUAACCUAAAAAUAAUAAAAGAACAGAAAUGAAAUGUCAUAAAAUGACUUGAUACAACUUUAACUAAAAUUAUGUUUGUUAUACACAUAGAGGUAUUCGAAUUUCGGAUUAUUUAUAAAACAUGUCUGUCAUUUGUUCUAUUAUAUUCUUAGGGUGAGUAUAGACUACAACAUUUUCUCGAGCAUUUCUGUGUAUGUAAUGUCACAUUCUAGCGAAUGAUACAAUACAAGCAAAAGCUCAGUCUCCAAAGCAUUUCUAUGUAAUGUAACGUCCGGCGUUAUGUUACGGGUAAAUGCUCACAGCGAGCGAGUCUUUCGUCCCUCUCCUUCCGCGCCACCCCGCAACCGCGCAUCGCCCGCACUUGGUUCGACGAAAUGUUACACCAAUAUGCUCGUUGGUUUGUAACAAACAGGCGAGUGUGCUCGAUGUUUUGUUCGUAAAAGGAUGAUACACUACAACAUCUCAUAGAGCGGCUCGUUGUUCUGUUACAAGUAAAUGUUGUAGUCUAUACUCACCCUUAGAGAAAUGCCUGUUUGCCUAAUAAUAUAAUUAGGGCUGGUCAAUCCAAAAUCUGCCCUAAUUAUCUAGCUUAGAGAAAUCAAUUUUCCAGUGGUUCCAAAAACUACUUAUCUAUGAAUCUUGACAUUUGUGAUCUAUGAUUUGUUGGGGCGCCAUCAGCCUUAUAUCGUAGAAAUAAGUAAGUAGGUUGUACAAAAUGUAGAAUAUAAUGUUAUCAUUAUACAAGGGUAUAUUUUUUAAAUAUUUAUUGUGAAUUUUAUUAUAUUAUACUUGUUGAA